AUGCAAGGCACAUACAGAAACAACGGGUUGCCCCGUCCCUACUACAUGAAGCCUUCCAAGAAGAAGUCGCCCUACGAGAACAUCAACUCGGUUAACUUCUUCAACACCUCGCGAAGAAAGAUCUUGGGAUACUUGGUGAUGUUGUUUCUCUUUGGCACCUGUAUGAUGUGGGUGGCCCAAGAGUUGAGACCUGGGAAUGAUCCCCAGUACGAAAUUGUCAAGUCUGAACUGAAGCAGCCAGUGGUGCCCGAAGUGCCCAGCAACAAGCUUCCCAACAUCGAGAAAAUAGCGAACUCCGUGGGCUCCAAGGCUGAUAAGGAAAGCAGGAACGUUGACUUGGCAGGAAACUUUGCCCAGGGAUCCAAGGGCGAGAAAGGCUUGGGUGUUGUUGAAGCCCCCAAGGGUGGGAUUGCCAACGAAGCACCAAUGGUCGGUAACGACGAGGAUAAGUUGGUUGGAACUGGCAAGAACAUCAAGCCCAAGGGUCAGGUGAGCGGCCAAGCCCCAAAGUAUGACACUCAACCUCCUAAGAAGGGCUACAAGGCA